CACCGCCAAGCUGGGAACCAGGGAGAUGGCUGAGACUGACCCUAAGACCGUCUGGGAUCUCACCUCAGUGGUGGAGACACUCCUGCAACAGAUGCAAGAUAAAUUUCAGACCAUGUCUGACCAGAUCAUUGGAAGGAUUGAUAUGAGUAGUCUCAUUGAUGAGCUGGAAAACAUCACGGACCCCAUGACACAGGCUGAGGUGGAAGAACUGGAACGUGAAAACAAGAUACCUGGCACACCAAAGAGUUGAAGGUUGCUAAUAAUUUACACUGAAAUCUGGAACACCAUUUUUCCAAGCCAAGAGAAGACCAAAUGGCUUUUUGCGCCUACCUAUUAUAUGUAGACAGGUUUUAUAUUAUGAAGUGUGCAUUCUUAUCACCUACUAUAUAGUUAGUUUAUAGAGUGAGUUUCCUCCCAGUUUCUUUAACACCUUGGCCCUUGGUCAGUUAUGUUAUUAAUUAUUAAACACUAAAACUUUGGUGGUUCCUG